AUGUGGGGUGCGUCAGAAAACGUCGAAUCCCAACCUGUGCUGAAGAAAAUGACUAAAGAUAUUUUUAGUACUUUGUUGAGUGAUUAUUUGGAUAAUCAGAAUAAGAUUGUUAUAUUUACUGAAAAAAAAUUAAAUCCAGAAGAUUUAUCUAAAAAAGAUUACAAAGGACAAUCAAAUUUCCCCGAGCUUUUAAAGCAAAAUGGAAAGUAUUUUCAUUCGGUUGAAAAUCCUAUUGAUGUAAUAAAGAAAUUCAAGAAAAAUUACGCUCACGUCAACGUUAGUUCUGUUCAGGAUGAAGUGAAUUCGGGUAAAUCGGAUGCAAUAUUUGUGGAUUUCGACGAAAUGGCUGCAAAUUUAAGAGAUAAUGCUUUUGUUAAUCAUGAUCGACUUAUUAAUAAAAUAUAUGGAAAAUUGAAGACUAAAUUACCCAAUUUGAUUGUCAUGUAUACUGGUUAUUCUUCAAGCUUCGCUUCCGGUGAUGAACAAAGUAAACCAACAUCUUUCUUUCAUGACUUGGCCUUAGUAUACGUAGCCGGACCAAUUCAAUUAAACAAAGAUUUUCUUAAUUUAAAUUUUAGCGCAAGUUCGGACAACAACAGCCGAAUUUUUGUUGGUGGUGAAGACGCUAAUAAUAACAUUACCAUGACCUUCGUUAAAUCACAUCCUUACUGGAUACUAGAUUCAUUAGUAUUAACAAGACCGAACACUUCAGAUGUUCCUUUUCUAACCAAUAAAAUAAGAGUUGGCAUAAAAAAUUCAUAUCAUUGCGCAAAAUCAAAAUUUUUUGCAGUUAACGGAAAGUUUAAAUUAAGCUUUGCAGGAUUUCAAGUACAACCACGAUUUCAAAACACUGAAAAAAUGGUCUUUGGAAAACCUGAAACUUGUACAGGAUAUUUUGGUAUUGGUAUAAUAACAGGUUUAAUUAUUAGCUUUUUAUUUAUCAUAAUUAUAUUUAUUGGGGUUUACUUCAUGAUGGAAAUUAAAACUAAUGAUCGAUUUGAUCAGAGCAUGGUGGUUUAUAGUAGAAUAGAAUUUUAA